CAAUUCCGUCAAGGGAUCUUCAAUCUUCUUCAAUUCCGUCGGCUUCACCCGUGGAAUCUUCAAUCACCAGACUCGCCAAUCUUCCACACCCAUCCCAGUGGAAUCUUCCUCGCCAACAAAAACAUCUCAAGGGCAUCAUCAUCCCAGUGGAAUCUUCCGAUCCGUUCAUUCCGUCGUUGUUGCAGCCAUCUCCUCCGCCCUCUCCCCGUCACCGUGUAAUACGCAUUCUCCACCGUCUCCGUCCAGAUACUCUGCCACCAUUGACUCCCGGUCCGGUCGGACGAACUAGUAUGAGUUGUUGAGCAAGUUAGUGGGAGGGACCAUGUGCUGAACCAUCUAAGCAUUCCAGCAGCAUGCUUCACUCAUCCUGAAAUCAGUAUGGUUGGACUGACAGAGCCUCAAGCAAAGGAAAGGGCUGAGAAGGAAGGAUUUGAAAUAAGAGUGGCAAAGACUAGCUUUAAAGCUAACACAAAAGCUCUAGCUGAGAAUAAAGGGGAAGGACUUGCCAAGUUGAUCUAUAGACCAGACAAUGGUGAGAUCCUUGGAGUUCAUAUCACUGUAUUGCAUGCUGCAGACCUCAUUCAUGAAGCUUCCAAUGCCAUAGCUUUGGGGACCCGCAUACAGGUUAAAGUUGACACAUCUAGCCUAGAUAGUGAGCCAAUUGCUGUCUAAAGCUCCAUGGCGAACUACCAAAUGAUUUAGGAGGGGACUCACUUGCCUUUGUGUCGUCAAUAUUCGUUAAGGUGAUUUGUGUAAUUAUUCUGUGUUCCAUCUUUUGGGAGGUUCAACUUUUAUAGAAUUUGUACUGGCUUUUGUUGCCAAGUAGGAAAUGAGAAGUUUUGUUUUCAUGUUCUUUCCCAUAAUGUUUUAGACUUUUAGGUAAUAAUCUUUUUUGAGUUUGGCAAUGAGUGAAUAUAUUAACAUGAGGUAAGAUAUAAACUUUUAUUGAUUUUUUUGAUCUUUAUAGAAUUGAAUUUUCUUUUUUUAAUCACAUGUUUGUUCCUAAUGGUACAUACAUAAAGAUACAAAUUAAAGGCAUGUCUUCUCAAGAAUUGUACAAGAAAGAGCCUAUAUAGUUGACCCAUAAGCAUGGAAUAUUAUGAAGCUCAUACCCCACAAUCAAGCGUAGUGAAUUACAACAACUUUGUUUAAAUAAAAGGCUAUCAAAUAUCACAAAACUCAGAAUGUACUCUAAAUGCCCACCCAGAAUAUCACAAGAAUUUGCUGUAAAGCUCAUACCCCACAAGAACUCAGAAUAUCACAAAAGCUCAUACCCCACAAGAAAGAGCCUAAUACUCAGAAUUUACUGUAAGUGCCUACUUAGAAUUUUAGGACACUUACAACUGCACGUAAAGGAUAAUGAACAAAACCAAACAUCAUUCAGAACUAAUCCAUGUGUUUCCUUGGAUUUCACACAUGUGGAAGCAUCAUCAAACACAAUUUAGAAUGUAAAAAUCCAAAAAAUGUACAGAAAAAAU